AUGACUUUAGUGAGCAAAUCGUUCUAUUUCAUUUGCUUGCAUCUGGUUCUUGUUUCACCUCAAUUCAAUCUUGAUCAUACUGAUUGGAUAAAUGAGAGUGAAGAUCAUAGUGGACUCCAACAUAAUUGUUUAUAUAAUAUGAUGUCUUACGAAAACCGCCUUGCCGAAUCAGAUCAGAUUAUUUCUUACUGUCUAACUGAAUGGCCAUCAAAGUUCAAGAUACGAGAAAAUGAACACGAUCAAAAAUUCACUUUUUCUCAACUUUACAGAGAUAAUAUUACUAGUCAACAAUUAUAUGAUUGGUCAGCACCAUUGGAUGUUAUUGAACGUUAUCAAAUGUAUUUAAAUCAACUUUUAACUUCGAACGAUUCAUUAUUAAUGGGGACACAAUUGUAUUACAAUUGUACAUUACCAAGAUUUGGUCCAUUGUGUCAAUAUUCAUUAGAUAUCUCUACACGUUAUGAAUCAUCAAAUAAUAUCAUUAAUGAUUUUUAUAUGAAUUCGUAUAAACCAACAAGUUUGACAUGUUAUAUUCAUUUAAAAUGUGAUCACGGCUCUAAACUAACAUGUCUUGAUUGGGCUGAUAUUUGUGAUGGUUAUGUCGAUUGUUUAAAUGGUCCAGUCGAUGAAGAACAUUGUUGGCAACUUCAUACCAAUGAAUGUAAGGAUGACGAAUUUCGGUGUUAUAAUGGACAGUGUAUCCCGAAGAUAUUUUUAAAUGAUGCUGCCACGGUUUAUGACUGUCUCGAUAAAUCCGACAAGACUAACUCGAUAAUUACGCAAGACAAACGCAUUCAUUUAGAAAUGCCAGGAUUUAAUCGGGAAGAUAUACAAUGUAUUCAGAGUAAUCCUCAAUCGUACAGACAAUUCACAAGUUCAUGUGUAAGAAAACGCGAAUAUCUGUUGAAGGAGAUGAUGUUUUCUGAUACACCAAACUCGAUAUCCGAUGAUUGUUGGUUAGCAUUUAAAUGUAACUAUGGUAUUCUAUCUGCAACUGUUCCUAUGUGCAAAAACAUCAGCAUUAAUAAGACAUUCGUUGAAACAAUGAAGAACACUUGUUCCGAUAUGUUAAUUGUACCAGCCAAACCAAUCGCGUUCGGUCAUAUCUAUUUAGGUUAUAUUAAAGAAGCCAUGUUAAAUUCAACCAAUUCGCUCGAACCUCAGUACAUCUGCUACAAUGAUCGUCUUUGUAAUGGAUUUUCUGACAAUAAAACAUUGCUGUUUUUUACUAAAACUACAUGUCGCCGUGUAGAGGAUUUUCCAGUAACAUUUGGUAAAAAAAGUCAUUUGACCAAAAUAGAUGAUUAUAUUAAAAUAUUGUACAAAGAACUUUCACACUGUAACACAAUAAUUUACAAUAAUAUUAAAGUUUGUAACAGUUCAUUUAUGUAUCAAUGUAUUAACUCUUCGAAAUGUAUCACAACAAAUCGUCUUUGUGAUGGUGUAAAUGAUUGCGAUUACGAAGAUGAUGAACAAUGCUCGUUAGUCAAUGGUAUUUGUUCUGUACUUGAAUCUAAUAUACUUUACAAAUGUGUAUUAUCGAAUAAAUGUAUCUCUAUACAUAGAUUUGGGGAUUAUGAAUGUGACUGUUAUUGUUAUGGAUGUCGCACAUGCGAAGACGAACCUGACAGUUUAAGCUUUGUUGAUAGUCGUAUAUCAUUUCAAACUAUUUGUGAUGGUUUUAUAGAACUAAUUCCUAUUACUAUUGAUGGACGAAAUGAAACAGACGAAACAGAAUGUGAAUAUUGGCCGUGUAGUAAUAAUUAUACACGAUGUGAUGGUAGAUGGAAUUGUUAUAAUGGAGCUGAUGAAAUUGAUUGUGCUUCCUUAUCAUGUCCACUUCGUCAUCAUAAAUGUGUUUCACCUGAGACAUAUCAAUUCAUGUGUUUACCUAUUGAAAAAGCCAAUAACGGUAUCAUUGAUUGUGUUGGUGCUAUCGAUGAGCCAAGAUUAUGUCGAUCAAGUAAUCACAUACAUACUGACAAGAAUUUUUAUUGUAAAUAUGAUCCUAUUCAGCCUUGUAUAUCCUCUCAAAAACUAUGCUCUAUAGAAAAUCGAUGUCUGUACAAAGAUGAUGAACGGCUUUGUUAUCCGACUCGUAAUUAUACUGAAACCAGUUCUGUUUGUUCUUAUCAAUAUAAAUCGAAUCGUUCCGACGUUCAGAAUUAUUUUUGUUCACUCGACGUCGACCACGAGAAAUUGAAAUAUCGAUUCUUGUUACUGAAUGAUGUUCAACUUCCAGCAAACAUCGUAAUGGUACUAGAUUCAAAUAAAAGAAUCAUAGAUUCAUCCAACAUUAUAGUUACUCGUCAAUAUCAGGAACGAUGUCAUCGCGGUCUUCCGUUACUUGUCUGGUUAGACAACAAAACAAACGUAACUACAGAAGCAUGUCUUUGUCCACCUAGUUUCUAUGGAAAUAUUUGUCAGUAUCAGAAUCAACGAGUUAGUCUUACUGUACAAUUUCGUACUUUUUCAGAUUCUAGACGAAUAUUAUUUUCUCUUGUUAUCUCACUUAUUGAUGAUAGUGAUAAAAGACUUAUACAUUCUUAUCAACAAUUCACGUAUUAUUAUUUUGAACAUUGUUCAGCAAAAUUUAAUACUUAUUUACUUUAUUCAACUCGACCAAAAUAUUCUACAAGAAACUAUUCAAUACAUAUCGAUGCUUAUGAAAAAACUUCCUUUGUAUAUCGAGGAAGUUUUCUCAUACCUAUUAAAUUUUCUUUUUUACCCGUCAAUCGGAUCGCUUUAAUAAUUAACAUCCCGCGUAAAAAUGAUAAUAAAGAAAGUUGUUCCGAUAAAUUAUGUAUGCAUGGUCAAUGUCGCAGAUAUGUUAACGAUCCGAAAGGUACUACUUUUUGUCAAUGCCAUCGUGGAUGGUCUGGAGAAUAUUGUACAAUUUCGCAUACAUGUAAUUGUUCGUCUGAUUCGUUGUGCAUUGGUAUUUCAGCAAAUAAUCGAUCUAUAUGUGUCUGUCCGAUGAAUAGAUGGGGUUCUCAAUGUCUACUUCGAAAUGAUGUAUGUCAAUCUAAUCAAAAUGAUACAUGUUUUAAUGGUGGUCGAUGUUUACCUAUUGAUGAACAGUUGAUACGCAGUGAAAAGUUUAUUUGUAUCUGCCCAAUAGGGUUUCGAGGUCGUCAAUGUAAAGAAGUGGAUAUGAAAAUAACUUUAUCAUUCCAUAAGGAUAUUAUUUUACCACAAUCUAUAGCAUUACAUUUUAUUCUAAUAAGCCUUUACGGUACAUCAGAGUUUGGUUCUCUAUAUAAAAGAAUUCCUAUUAAUGAAAAAUCAAUCGCGCUUUAUUGGUCGCAGCCAUUUACUAUCGCAUUAGCUCGAGUUUCUAAGAGUUUCUAUGUGCUUGUUCCUCCAAGAAAUGCCGAUAAUCGAACAGAUUUUAAUCGAACAAUCACACCAUUAGAUCGCUGUGAUCAUAUAGGUGAAAUUCUAAAUGAAACAAUUGCUAAAUUACAUCUUAUUCGUCGUAUUAAAUACUAUCAUUUAUCGUGUCGUAAACUAUCACCAACAUUAUCUUGUUUCUACGAUGAUACUCAUUUUUGUUUUUGUAAUAAUUUUCAUGAGGAACGCACAGCUAACUGUUUCGAAUUUAAUUCUACAAAGAAGCAUAAUUGCUUUGGUCAAAAUAGUUGUGAAAACGGAGGUGAAUGUUUACAAGACAAAAUCAAUUGUCCACGAACAUUAAUAUGUGUUUGUCCACCAUGUUUUUAUGGUCUGCAAUGCCAGUUCAGUUCAAAUUUAUUUGGUCUUUCACUGGAUGCUAUUUUGGGUUAUCAUAUUCAACCAUAUAUUGAUAUGAUACAUCAACCAACUAUCGUACAAACUAGUCUAGCAAUCACAAUAAUCAUAAUUAUAAUUGGUUUGAUUAAUGGUAUUGCAUCUCUAAUAACUUUUAAAAAUAAAGAAACACAAAAAUUAGGCUGUGGCUUCUAUCUAUACGGAUCAUCAAUAGCGACUUUAUUUAUUGUAAUUAUUUUUACAUUGAAGUUUUCGAUACUUCUUAUUGCACAAAUAACAUACAUUGAAAAUCGAUUAUUUUUACGUUUUCAAUGUGUUUCAAUUGAUUUUUUGUUACGAAUUGGUCUUAAUAUGGAUCGAUGGUUGAAUGCAUGUGUAGCGUUGGAAAGAGCUAUUGCUACAAUAAAAGGUAUCGCCUUUAACAAAACAAAAAGUAAAAAAAUUGCUGGAUAUAUUAUUCUUCUUCUUUCAAUUGUGAUCAUUAGUACAGAUGUUCAUGAUCCUAUUUAUCGACAAUUGAUUGACGAGAAUAAUAAUGAUGAGUAUGAUAGUGAUGAUAAUGAGAAAAGAAUAUGGUGUAUUGUCACGUAUCCACCUGCCAUUCAGAAAUUCAAUACAGCUAUGAAUAUAUUACAUUUUUUUAUUCCGUUUACUAUUAAUUUAAUUUCAGCAUUGAUAAUUAUUGUCCUAACCACUCGUCAACGAGCUAAAACUAAAGGUCAUCAAAACUAUCGAAAACUCUUACGAGAGCAAUUUAAUCAACAUAAACAUAUUCUUAUUGGUCCAGUUACUUUGGUUAUUCUUGGUGUACCACGUUUGAUCAUUUCACUUACUUCAGGUUGUAUGCAAUCAUUAAGUCAAUCAUGGCUAUUUUUAAUUGGUUAUUUCAUUUCAUUUAUUCCACCUAUGGUUACUUUUGUGGUAUUUGUUCUCCCAUCGAAACUAUACAAAAAAGAGUUCAACAACUCUGUCAAACGAUUACGACGUACUGUUAGAUCAGGACUGCGCUUUACUCGAUCGAAUUGA